CACUCUAGAAUAUUGGGAGUUGAGUCUUCUCUAUAUGGGCCUGUAACACACUUACCAAGCCAGAGAGCAAGAAGCCCACCCGAAAAGCCCAUGAAAUUCUUGGUCCUAUCUAAAACCAGCGCCAAUCCUCCUUUUCUCCACCUAAUUCCCCUCUUUUCUUUCCUUCAUCGCAAAUCUGGUUUCCGAUUGCCGGAGAAAUGAGCUACCAGAAGUUCCCCAGCGAUCCGUAUCCUCCUCCUGCUCCUCACGUUCUUCCAUCAACAGGGGACGCGCCACCGUACCCGCCGCCGCAAGUCUAUCCACCACCGCAGUACGAGACCGAAGGCUACCCGCCUCCGCCGCCCCGACCCGGAUACCCUCCUCAGUACCCGCCACCGCGUCCACCUCAGCAUCAGCACCGGUACGAUGGCUACCAAGGGUAUUUCUCCGCGCCGGGGUAUCCCGCGCAGCCGCCGCCGCCCCGUCAUCCUCCGCCCAAUCAAUACCAGAACUACCAGAGCUAUGACCACCACCACCACCACUAUAAUAACGACGAUUCCGAAGCUUCGUUCCUCCGCGGCUGGUACGUCCUUUUUUUUUCCGCCCACCCCCCAAAUAACGUUUGUCUUCAAAUUGGAAGGUUUGAUUGA